UUUACACUUCUGCUCCUCCUCAUUACGCAGAGGCUUCGGCUCAGAAAAGGAGCUCAUUUGCAUCGUCUUAUUUGUUAAACAAAGUAGUUGGUCAAAUUUAAAGGAUGAAACUGAUUUUUCUUCUCGCUGUGACCUGCCUCGCCUUACAUAACGGAGAAGGAGCACCGAUGACAGCUGUUUAUAAGUUCCUGAGAUGUAAUCCUGAAGGCGGCAAGGCCAACUGCGUGACCCAGCAGACCCCCGAGAUGCCGUGGAGUCCAGAUCUCCCGUCCAAGCUGCCAGCUUCUGACGCCAAGUACCUGGAGGCAGAACCAGUCGAGGGCGAGAGUCCGUCUAGGGAGGAGGAGGAGGAAGAGGAGGUGGUGGAGGAGGAAACACCAAUGAGGAGCGAAGAUGGGGAGUCCCCUUUGUUCGUAGAGGAAGGCUCUGGCUAUGAAGGUUCAGCAACAGAUUACAUGUCUUUCGCCGAUGAGCCCACAGGAGCUGAAAGUGAGACAGGCUCUGGGGAUUCUUGGACAGAGUCUGCUCAACCCCAAGGUGGAAAUAAGAGGAGGUCGUCCUCCGGUGGCUUUCCAGGCGGAGAGGCAAAGCCAACAGAGCAGGACCUUGAAGAAGACCAUCUGCUGAAGAUGUAGACGCAAAGAAAAGUCGACCAUUGUAACACCCCAGCUAGAUAGCAAAAAGUAAUAGUACAUCACCACCUGCUGGAGAGAGAUUGAACUCACUGAGGCCACAUAUCUAUUUUGGAUUAUAUGACUAAAAGGGUAUUUUUUAUAAUAGGAAAUUUUCAUAAGAAUCUAUAUUGUUUGCAAAACAACGGCUGCUGUUUAAUAUUAAAUGCCAAAAAGGUCUGCUAGUCAGUGUACAUUUGAGGAAGUCUAGUCUGUGCUUUGUCAGUAUUUUUGCAAUUUUGUGAAAAAAAAAAAAAAAACAACACAAGAAUUUACCAUGCUUUGAUGUAAAGACAUGCAUUUAAGUCAUGAUAACGCCAGUGCAAUAACAUACUCUUUUUUUUUGCUUAUUGCUCUUUUUCAGGCCACUCUCUUGUCAUUUUUGAAAUGAUUAACAUUCCUCAGAGAAAACUUAUUUAUAUUUUUAUUUCAUCCUGAUCAGGAGGGCAUUUCAAAUUAUUCUAAGUGAGCAAAACCUUGUGGACACAAACCCCUAAAGAAAAAAGUUAAUGGGUUUACGAUGCCGUAACUGAUGUGAGCUUGAAAAUUGUACAAGGAAUACACCAGCAUUUCAGCCAGUAUCUGUAUAUUGUUUUGAUUUAUUUUACAUCGCUUAUUUCACAUUGCUUAAUGUGCAUUUGAAAUACACCAGUCAAUAAGGGAUUUAAUAAAAAUGUCUUACAAGGGUG